CCCAAUAACGUGAUAUUUAGCCACUGGAGUCAAAAUUUUACCUGGUAAACACCUCCACAAAACGUGUAUUUUUCACCGCGCAUACACCAUAUUUAACGGGGGAUUCCUUAAAACGCGAUUGUGCGGGUUUUAUUGUGAAAACCUGGCAACCCUAACUGGUGAUGAAUGGUGUGCCGGCUGGGCGAGCCGAGAACUGAACUAGACAGGUUAGGUCUUCAAAAAAAACCGCUUCAAGCUAAAAUAUUACAGUUAAAACCUGCAUUCUGGUUUCCGCCGAGUCUGCGUGAAAUAUGGGGGAAGAAACUGAGAUCUCGGUGAAAAGAGCGAAUCAGGACGGGAAGGAUGAAAACAUGGACAGCGGUGUGAAAUAUUACACACGCGAGGAGGUUCAAGCCCAUAACAUGAGCAAAGACACAUGGCUCAUCAUCCACGAUAAAGUUUACGAUAUCACAAGCUUCAUGGAGGAGCAUCCAGGAGGUGAAGAGGUUCUGCUGGAGCAAGCGGGUGCAGAUGCUACAGAAAGCUUCGAGGAUGUGGGUCAUUCCACAGAUGCCAGAGAGAUGCUCCAGCAGUAUUACAUCGGCGAAUUACAUAUGGAUGAUCGAAAGAAAGAAUCAAAGAAGGAAGUUUACAUCACAACUUCCAAAGACUCCAGGUCAUGGAGCUCCUGGUUAAUUCCCAGUGUAGCUGCUGUACUCGUUGGCGUCAUGUAUCGUUACUACAUGCUGGAUCACAAAGCCUCCUGAACUCCUGUAAACAUUGUCACCGAUAUAUAUUUCUCUUGUCUGGAUGCCUUGGCCUGUUUGAGUGAGUGAGUCUACAAGAUCACUCUCUCAACUCCUGCUCAUCUUCUCUUCUUUAGUUUCCACUCAACUAGCUAUUUAAAAAAGGUCCAAAACAUUGGCUCAUAUCAACAGUUUUUAUUUUUCUACCAGAAUUCACAGUUCUGUCUAACCUGCAGGACUUAACCUGCAGCAUUAUCUUGGUCACGCUUUCUGUCAUCGGAUUGUCACGCUUUUUUAGAAAUGUACUUGGAAAUGACUUCAUCUCCUUUAAAUAAAUCUAGACUGCAGCUGAAAAGAUAAGGCCCUUCCGGACAGGUAUAGUCUGACUUCUGCUAAUGGAUUCAAAUUCUCUGAUCAUUUUGACAAAUCACACGUCCACAGCUUUCACAUAGCUGCUAGUCGAUGUUUGUCAGUGCAUGUUAGUUAUCACCUAAGGACUUUGACCAAAAUUAUUCAAGUGGAGUUGAAAUAUACAUCUCCAAAGGAAGAGCAUGGAGUCCUGCUUUUAUAAAGAAGUUGCUGUUUUAAAUACAACAUGGGGUAAAGGGAUAGUUCACCCAAAACUGAAAAAUCUGUAUGAAAAAAUAAAAUUCUCAAAAUAAAAAUGUGAUUUUCCACUGAAGAAUGAAAGUCAAACAGACAUGAGGGUAAGUAAAUGAUGGCAAGAUUGUCAUUUUUGGGUGAACUAUCCCUGUAAGUUAAACUCGAAAAUAUUGUCUUUGUUUCAAAUUUUUGUCAUUUCACUUUUGCAUGAAUGCAAUGGCUGAAAUGUCAUCGAGUUACAGUCAUACAGUGCUUUAAUGUUACAUGUAUGCUUUUAUUCUUACAAUGAAGAUUUCUAUAGUGUGGUACCUGUAUCUGCAAAUUUGAAAUCUACUCCAUUAUUCAGCGUUUUUGUAAUGCAUUUGAGAGAUGUUUAAAGGUUUUUUUAUAUAUAUAUAUAUAUAUAACAUUUUUGGCAAUGGCGGUAAGAACAUUAGUUUUGGGAAAUGUUUGAUGCAUGAUCUAUGGCACUGCUUGUAGAGUACCUGUUAAUUACUCAUAUGCAUAUGCUUCUCUAAUGAAUUGUUCUUAGCGUUUCAAGCACUUGCAUGUAUGUAGGUCAGGUCAUGGAAAAACUAUUAUAUGCAAGUGUUGCCCUUAAUGUUCAAAAAACCGAAAUGUCUACCUUUGUUUGCUACUUUUCUGUACUCUAUUAAAUCUUGCAUUUCUUUUCAAAGCAA